AUGGUGCUGAUCCUGCCGCCGCAGUUCAUAUACCGGGUCAACGAAGAUGCUAGCUCGCAAAUGUCAAAGUUGCAACAGCUCAUUCGUGAUGGUAGUGUGGUCGAGGCCACGAGCUUUGCUGAUCUCAUGUAUGCUGGUCAACCUUUAUCAGCUCGCCACUACGAGCUUCUUGGAGAUCUCGAGAUCACGAUGAAUCACAGCUCUCAGGGAUCUUCGUAUGAGCGGUAUCUGGAUGUUGACGAUGCUACAGCUGGUGUCUACUACGUCAACAAUGGCACUGCUUACUUCAGGGAGUACCUCUCCAGCGAGCCUGCAGGGGUUCUUGCAGUUCGCGUGGCCAGCAACCAAACAGGCACUGUUUCCCUUCGUGUGCACCUUCGGCGAGGUCCCAAUGGCUCCUUGAACCGUUGGGAAGACUACAGCCGGAAGUCUGGCAACGACACCAUCGUGAUAGGUGGACACAGUGCCUCAGCUACUGGCAUCGAGUUUGCAGCUGGUGCUCGGGUCAUGGCAAAGGGUGGUAGUGUCUACACCUUAGGCGAUACUAUCCUCAUUGAUCAUGCCGACGAAGCUUGGAUCUAUUUCCAGUCCUGGACCGACUUCCGCAAGAGUGACCCAAAGGCAGCAGUCCUAGCUGAUCUUGCGGCCAUCAAGCAGACAUAUCCCGAGAUACGUGCUGCUCAUGUAAAAGACUACCAGUCAUACGCCCAUCGUGUGGAGCUCAGCCUUGGUAACUCCUCCGCGAUACAAAAGUCCCAAACGACAGCUCAAAGAAUUGGCGGAUUGAAUAAUGGCACGUUCGACCCCGAACUUGUUGCACUCUACUUCGACUUUGGUCGCUAUCUGUUCAUCUCAACCUCGCGAAACGGUACACUGCCCCCGAACUUGCAAGGUAUCUGGAACAGCCAGCUUGACCCAUUCUGGGGGGCAAAGUAUACGACAAACAUCAAUCUGCAAAUGAACUACUGGCCUGCGUUGGUCACCAACCUGGCUGAUUUGACCUCACCUCUGCACAACUUGAUCGACUCGAUUCGGGAAAAGGGCACGAACGUGUCCGAGACUAUGUACGGUGUAGACAACGGUGGCUUCGUGUCACACCACAACACCGAUCUUUGGGGCGACUCAGCACCGCAAGACAACUAUAUUUAUUCGACAUGGUGGGGCUCUUCAGGCCCGUGGCUCGUCUUCCAUCUUAUGGAGUAUUACCGAUAUACUGGUGACCAAGACUUCCUACGAGAGCACUACCCAGUGCUCAAGUCUGCAGCACUCUUCUACGUCGGAUUUCUGUCCGAUUAUGAGGGCUACAAAGUCGUGAACCCCACGAUCUCGCCCGAGAAUGCCUACUUCCCACCAAACUACAACACCACACCAGUUGCCAUCACGCUCGGUGCUACGAUGGAUACAGAGCUUCUGUGGGAGCUCUUCAACGGCAUCCAAGAAGCGAAUGAUCUGCUCAGACUAGGAGAUGAGUCAUUUGUGGCACAGCUUAACGACUUGAAAUCGCAGUUUCCACCUUAUCGCAGGAACUACUAUGGUGGUCUCCAAGAGUGGAUCCACGACUAUCAAGAGGCGAUACCAGGUAUCGACCAUCUAUCACCACUGUGGGCCGCAUACCCAGGCAAUGAAAUCACCAGCUCAAAUUCAACGCUUUUCAACUGGGCACGCGAGACGUUGAACAACCGACUUCUGCACGGCUCUGCAGCUGGUGGCUGGGGAGCCUCUUGGUGCACAGCUCUCGCAGGCCGCUACUUCAUGCCUGACUGGGCUUCCCACUGUCUGAUCCACUUGAUUGCCAACCAGUCACAGCCUGAUUCACUACUCAACAGUGGUGCACCGUCUGAAUUCCAGAUCGAUGGUAAUCUUGGCGGUCCAGGUGCAUUGCCGGAGCUGUUCAUGCAGAGUCACGAAUCCAUUGCUACUACACAAGCACCUGGAUACUAUGGAAGCGGUGGCAGCAACGGUACCCUCGUGGCAGCUUUCACAGGCACGGUUGAAAAAGCACCGUUGAUUAGGCUUCUGCCAACGGUACCAUCUGUGUUUGCUUCCACUGGCGGAGGAGGGUACUUCAAUGGUCUACUCGCACGAGGUGGCUUUGAGGUAGAUGUCUGCUGGGACGCAGCAGGGACUCUUGUGUCAGCCACCAUUGCGUCGAAGCUCGGCGGGCCGGCAUAUGUGACACUGGGUCAGACACCAAUUGGCAAAAACAACGGCACGGCAAUCACGUCUAGUGGAGCUGGCAGUGGUGUGUUUAUCAGGUUGGACACCCGGGCAGGACAGUCCUACACGGUCAAGCAGGCAUAA